GUUCUUUUUUUUUGUAAUUUCUUCCAAAGUGCAAAGUCCAAUAUAACUGUUGUUAGCUCGUGAUAAUGGAAAGCGAUCGUGAAAGAUAUGCAGUUAUGACUUUAAUGCAAAACACGUAAAAGAGCGAUAAGAAAUUUACUUUAGAUAUUUAUCUUUUACACAAUUGUGAAUUAAAGUAAGAUUCUUUUGUUUGAAAGAAACUAUGGAUAUCUUUGUAAAGUUGAACGAGCAAACGGCAGGGAGGGAUAAAAUAAUAAGAUUACUUCAAUAUGGAAGUCGAACGUAUUGGUACUAUGCACAAAGUGUACACAGUACAAGAUACUCCGCAGAAAUUUUAAGGAGUUUGGAAUUCACUUUUAGCUCAUUUCGAAAAUUGCUGCGCUUUGGAAGAUGCUUAGAUAGCUUCUAUUUGGCCUUAAAAAUGAUGAAGUAUCCUGAUCCUACGGUGAGAAUAACAUUAACCAUGGCAAAGAUGGCAAAUGCUUUGUACUUACUGGCAGAUCAUUUUAUCUGGGUUGGCAGAGUAGGAAUUUUACGAGUUGAUUUAGAAAAAUGGAAUAAAGUCGCUAAUAAAUAUUGGUUACUAACUAUUGUUAUGAGUUUAAUAAGAGAUAUUUAUGAGAUUAUCAAGAUUUUGGAACACAAGAAGAAUGCAUUUAAACAAUAUCAUAUAUUAUCCUGUUUAAAAAAUCACAAGGAAGUAAUGAUGGAUACUGUUAAAAAUGGAUGUGAUUUAUUAAUUCCACUAACAGCAUUAGGUGUUACAAAAUGUACUCCAGGUACAAUAGGUUUACUUGGAAUAAUUUCUUCAUUAAUUGGUUUAUAUACAAUUAUCGAUCCAAUUUAUAAAUUGUCUCCUUAGGAUAAGUUUUGUAAACUCAUGUUCUUAUAUAUGUGAAUGUACAAUAUACAUUCAUUAUAUUAUUCGUAUAUGUACAUAUAUGAUG